CAUGCGCGCAGGCGGCGCGGCUUCCGGGCAGUGUGCCGGGGCCAGCGGGGCGGGAGGCCGAGGCUGCCCGGGCCGGCGCCGCCAUGGAGACUCUCUACCGGGUCCCGUUCCUGGUGCUCGAGUGCCCCAACCUGAAGCUCAAGAAGCCGCCCUGGGUGCACAUGCCGUCGGCCAUGACGGUGUACGCGCUGGUGGUGGUGUCCUACUUCCUCAUCACCGGAGGAAUAAUUUAUGACGUUAUUGUUGAGCCUCCAAGUGUCGGCUCUAUGACCGACGAACACGGGCACCAGAGACCAGUAGCGUUCUUGGCCUACAGAGUAAACGGACAGUAUAUCAUGGAAGGACUCGCCUCCAGCUUCCUGUUUACAAUGGGCGGUUUAGGCUUCAUAAUCCUGGACCGCUCCAAUGCCCCCAACAUUCCAAAGCUCAACCGGUUCCUUCUCCUGUUCAUCGGCUUCGUCUGCGUCCUGCUGAGCUUCUUCAUGGCGCGCGUGUUCAUGCGGAUGAAGCUGCCGGGCUACCUGAUGGGCUAGAGGGCCGUGAGAGGCCGUGGACACCGGGUUUGCUCCUGUCGUGAAGCUGAACGGCGGCCCCAGUCUUCUACCUACACGCGGCGGGGACGGAAGCGGAGAAGCACCUGGCGAGGGCAGCGGGGCGCAGGCAGCGGCUGGCGGGGCUGGGUCGGGCCACCGUCGUCACGGCCCCCGCCGGCCGUGCCCGCAGCCCACGCUGUUCGUGGUUUCCCCUUUUUUAAGAAAUCACACUUGAUUCUGCGACUGUACUAUUGAAUAAAGUGAUGGUUUUUUAACAACCCCCCCUGCUCUUUUGGAGACGCUGUUUCUGAUUCUGGGAGACGAGUUCUACAGCAGAGGCCAGACGCCCACCCGCGCCCCCUGAGCCGUGGGGGCAGCGCCCCCUGGGGCUGUGUGCAGAGCACUCUGGAACAGUCCCGGCCCGAAAGGAGCAGAAAUAAAGAACUUUUGCUGACUAA